AUGAUAGGUGGACUUCAUAAACAAUUUCUAUUAUUGUUAUUAUGGGGAUCAUUGGUUGUAGCAGUUAAGGAUUAUUUAUUUAAAACGUGUGAAACAGCCGGUUUCUGUCAUCGUAAUAAAUACUUUGCUGAAAGUGUGAAGAAUCAAGGUCAUAAUUUCAUUCCUAAAUACUCCAUUAGUCAAAGUUCGAUAUCGAUUGAUGAAGUAUUAAAUUCAAAAGUUAUUCAUGGUAAUAUUAUCAAAUUUAUUCCUAGUGGAAAUCAUAUCACUUUACCUUUUGAAAUAUCUCUAUUGGAUGGUAAUAAUCUUCGAUUCAAAGUAGAUGAAAAGGAUAGAACUUCAAUUGAUACCACGAAGUUAAACAUAAAUACUCAUAGAUAUAAUGAAACUAGUGAUUGGGCAUUUGUAUCUGCUGAAUUACCCUACUUAGCUAAUGAUAAAUUCACUAUAGACCUUAAAAAUGAUGUAUUAAUUAUAACUUAUGGAGAUGCCAAACAAUAUAGAGCAAUAGUUGAUUUUUGGCCCAUUAAAUUAACUAUCUAUCAUAAAGAUAAAAUCCAAAUCAUUGCCAAUGAUAAAAACUUAUUCAAUUUUGAACAUUGGAGAUUACAAGAUGAAAAUUCUCAUCAUCUUACGGAAGAAGAAACCGAUUAUGACAUGUUUGAGGAUCAUUUCAAAGAUAGUAAAGAAGAUUCUAUCCCAUUAGGUCCUGAAUCAAUUGGGUUAGAUUUUACCUUUAAAAAUUUCCAACAUUUAUAUGGUAUUCCUGAACAUGCUGAUUCCAUGAAUUUAAAAGAUACUACUGAAUCAUCCAUGCCUUAUCGUCUUUUUAAUGUCGAUAUCUUUGAAUAUGAAACUGAUUCAAGAUUACCCAUGUAUGGAGCCAUCCCAUUCAUACUUGCUUCUAAACCGGAAAUUUCAGUAGGAUUAUUCUGGAUUAAUUCUGCCGAUACAUUCAUCAAUGUUGAUAAAACCACAAACCAAAAAGAUAGUCUGACUCAUUGGAUUUCUGAAAAUGGGAUAGUCGAUUUCAUAAUCACUAUCGAUAAAACUCCAGCUGAUAUCAAUCGUAAUUAUGGUUUAAUCACUGGUUAUACUCAAUUACCCCCUUUAUUCUCUUUAGGAUAUCAUCAAUGUCGUUGGAAUUAUAAUGAUGAAAAAGAUGUCCUUGAAGUUAAUUCUUUAAUGGAUGAAUAUCAAAUUCCGUAUGAUACUAUAUGGUUAGAUAUUGAAUAUACUGAUCAAAAGAAAUAUUUCACUUGGCAUAAGGAAAAAUUCCCUAAUCCUGAAAGAAUGUUAGAUGAAUUAGAUCAUACUGGUAGAAAUCUUGUUAUUAUUAUCGAUCCUCAUAUUAAAACAGGAUAUUAUUUAAGUGAUGAAUUAACCAAAAAGAAAAGUUGUAUAAAUGAUGCUAGUAAUAAUUCCUAUCAUGGUCAUUGUUGGCCAGGGGAAUCAGUAUGGAUCGAUACGUUAAAUCCUACCGCUCAAGAAAUAUGGGAUGCUCAAUUCACUUGGAAUAAUUACUUCUUAGGAGGUCAAUCAUCAAAUAUUUUCAUUUGGAAUGAUAUGAAUGAACCUUCUGUAUUCAAUGGUCCUGAAACUUCAGCUCCAAAAGAUGAUAUUCAUUUCGGAGGUUGGGAACAUCGUUCUGUUCAUAACAUCUAUGGUAUGACAUAUCAUGAAGCUACUUAUAAUUCACUUGCUAAAAGAAAUGAAGGACAUACCACUAGAGAAAGACCAUUUGUAUUAACAAGAUCUUAUUAUGCUGGAUCUCAAAGAACAGCAGCAAUGUGGACAGGGGAUAAUAUGUGUAAAUGGGAAUACUUACAAAUUUCAAUUCCAAUGGUAUUAACUUCUAACAUUGUCGGUAUGCCAUUCAGUGGAGCUGAUGUGGGGGGAUUCUUUGGUGAUCCAUCAACAGAAUUAUUAACGAGAUGGUAUCAAACUGGUAUUUGGUAUCCAUUCUUUAGAGCCCAUGCUCAUAUCGAUUCAAGACGUCGUGAACCAUGGUUAGCGGGUGAACCUUAUACAUCGAUUAUUAGAGACGCAGUUCGUUUAAGGUAUUCUAUACUUUCCGUGAUUUACACUGCCUUUUAUGAAUCUUCUCAAACUGGUAUACCUGUUAUGAAACCAAUCUUUUAUGAAUCACUUUCAAAUAUUGAAAGUUAUUCCAUUGAAGAUCAAUUCUUUGUCGGAAAUUCAGGUAUUUUAGUUAAACCUGUUACAGAGGAAGAUGCUAAGGAAAUUAAGGUAUACCUUCCUGAUAAUGAAGUGUAUUAUGAUUAUACCGAUAGAUCACUUUCGAAAAUAAAUGCUUAUAGUUCUGAUAAGCCAGGGUAUUUGACGAAAUCAGUCACGUUAGAAGAUAUUCCUGUAUUCAUCAAAGGUGGUUCAAUUAUAAGUCUUAAAGAUAGAUAUAGAAGAUCGUCCAGAUUAAUGUUUAAAGAUCCAUAUACAUUAAUUAUUGCAUUAAAUAAAGAUGGAGAAGCUAAUGGUUCAUUGUACGUCGAUGAUGGUGAAUCAUUUGAUUAUGAAAAACACGAAGAAUAUGCCUAUAUUAAAUUCAAUUACUCAAAUGGAAAAAUCAGUGCUGAUGUUAAUGAAGUUAAAGAUAGAUUUAAAGAUCUGAUUUCAGAUGUUAAAAUAGAAAAGAUCAUUAUUUUAAACGAACUGACAACUGGAACAGUUGAAUCAAUUAUCAUCCAUAAUCCAAAAUUAAGUAUAAGUCAAUCAUGGACAGGUAAAAUUGAAUUUGUAGUGGAGCAUGAUGAAUUGUAA